GGAAGGACGCAGUCUGGCAAAAAUCUCUUGGGAGAAGCAAACAUUUUUCAGAAUAUUAAUGACGGAGGGAGUCCACCAAGUGCACAUACGCCACUGGGAGCCAAAAAUUUAACAAAACAUCAGCAAAUCGUCUUCCGACACGUCUUCUAAUCUGAUGCCAAUUUUGUUCCUUAGACCUUCCUCAAUUACAUUACAUCUCUCCUUAAUUAUAAAACAAAAAAAAUAAAUUAAUUUUAUAUUGGUUGAAUUUUGGGGCGUAGCAGCUCGUCGCCAAUUCGCCGCUGCUCUCUGCAACUAGGGUUCCGGCAACUUUCCGCUGUAUCUCCGAUCAGAGGGGCAUGACUGAUCAACGUAUGCAUACACCAAGGGAUCUUUUGAGUUGAAUCAACAAUCUACUUAAGGUGAUGACUUUUUGGGGUAGAGCUGCUUGUUAAGCUAUUCAUGCUUUCUGCAACUAGGUUUCCAAAAAUUUUACGGCUGUAUCUCUGAUCAGAUGGAUGGUGAAGCUAAUCAUCAACCUAAGCAAGAAAGGUUGAGGACAAGGUGGACAACAUCCCUUGAUAAGAUAUUUGCUGACUUAGUAGUCAAACAGAUUCAAUUGGGAAACAGACCAAACAAUGUUUUUGACAAGAAAACAUGGAAUCGUAUACGUGAUGAAUUCAAUGUGCAAACAGAUCUCAACUUUAAUAACAAUCAAUUGAGGAAGCACCUGGAUGUUCUGCGGACUCGGUACUAUAAUCUCAAAUCAGCUUUUGAUCAAAAUGAAUAUGCUAUGGAUGAUUCUUGUUGCAUUGGGUUUGACCUGUGGGAGGACAUUGGGCCUCGGCCUGAUACAAUCAAAAUUAAGGACUGCCCCAUUUAUGAUCAGCUAUGCAUGAUCUUUACAGAAUCAGGGGCUGACGGGAAAUAUGCCCAGUCGAGUCACUAUGAGGAGUUAGAUGACAAGUCUGUUGGAAUAGGUACUGCAAUAGAUACUUCUGGGUUAACUUCGUAUCCAGAAAGUGGAAAACUGAGUUCCAAACCUUUGUCAUCAUCAAAAAUUGCGCAAGAAAAUGCUUCAUUAGCAGAAAAGUUGGACAAGAAAACAGCAGAGAGAAAAAGGAAACGAUCAUCUGAGACUGGCUCUUUUUCAGGUCAAAAUAAGGGAGGUAAAGGAAUAAAUGAUGUGAUGGCAGAAGCCAUGCUAGAGAUGGUUGCUGCUUCAAAGUUGAGGACAGUUACAUCGAUACAAACCGAUGGCAAAUAUACUAUCACUAAUUGCAUAAAGGCAUUGGAUGAGAUACAGCGCAUUGAUCAAAAGAUCUACUUUGCUGCUUUGGACCUGUUUGAGGACCCAAACUUGAGGGAGACAUUUAUUUCUCUUGGGGGUAAUGAGACGCGGUUGACAUGGCUGCUGGGAAAGUGUGGUAAUGCUACCUCCAGUUAAAUCAUGGAGGUGGCCUUUGUAUAAAUCUUAACAGGUAUAGGUUUUUUUAUAGUGAACUAGUUUUAGUCGUUAGUAACAUAUGAUCCUCUAGUGGUUGGUGAACAAGUUUUAGUUUGUCUGGGACUUGACUUUUUGGUGGUUUAGUAAUGACGAAACUGUGCAAGAGGCAUGUGUAGAGCAAGUACUACAGGAAGCAGCAGGGCAUGGUUUCAUUUGAUCUUAAAA